AUGGCGAGUGGGAAACUAUCAAAAAAACAGCUUUUGGCGAAAAAUGGUGAUUUAACCAAUGAAGACGACGCUUACGAUGCGAUUUUCAGCGGUAACUUUGGAUCCAUGGAAAUUGGCAAUUACAUCGGUCCAAACGACGGCCAGACAGAGCACUUACCGGAUGCUGUAGAUUUUGAAGACGAGGAUGAACUGGCAGAUGAAGAGCUGCCAGAGGAAACACAGCCCAGUCACGAAAACGGUGCCGAACAGGACAAUGACGACUACCUUGCACUGAUGGGUGGUCAAGGUGCCAUUCUGGGAAACAACAAUCACGGGGCAUGCGACGAUCAGAACAACACCCUUUUUUUAGGUGUCGGUGGCCACGAGGGGCCGUAUCCAGAGGCCGAGCACCACGUUUUUGGCGGGUUUGCAGACGAAAACCAGCUAGAGCUGGAAGAAAAGCAGAAACGUGAAGAGCAAGAAAGAGCCGCACGCGAGGAGAAAGAACUACUUGAAUUUUAUUUCCCAAAGUUUCAAAAGGGAAAGGCUCUCAAUCUUCUCAGUAUCGUACCGAGACAGCUAGCGCAGUACCAAUGGCAGCGAGAAUUGUACCUCACAAAUAGGCACCUAAGGCCAUUCAUUCCACUUAAAGUCAAGUUUGAAGUGCAACCGGACUCUCGACGACUUUUCAAGGCUAAAAACAAGAACUGGCAAAGCAUGACUCAGCUAUCUAAACGCAAGAAACGAGGAUUGGUAACUGUGCCUGUUGAUGAAAUGUAUGGAGACAACGUUACUCAGGUAAAACUUCGGAGCUAUGAUGGGUCUAUACCGAAAGAAUUGAUGAUGAUGUCAGAUGACUGGGACUACGAUAAAAUAGUAGGAGACUCUGAUACCGAGUCUAGCAACACGGGACAAAGUCUCGUCGUAACUGAGGCCAAGAAUAUUUCGAAUUCUAGAACCGCCCUAACGCAUGGUGGUCCCAACUGGGAUGAAGAAAAUCUAAUAGAGGGUAAGGUCGAUCAGAAUAAAGUCUGCCUCGAUAUGAACGACGAGAAAUUACUAUUCGUACCUAGCAAGCAUCGCGAGAAGAAAGAUUCUAAUACCAAAACAGCGCUUUUGGCUUUCAACGAAAAGACUCUGGCCCAAAAGUUCAACAUUUCUAAUGACCACAAGUACAAGAUUCUCAAAGAAAACUACCAGACCAAGAUUCGGUCCACAAUAUCAAACCUUACCAUCGAGCACUCUCAACCUGCGCUUAGGUUGCAAUCACCCUUUUACAAGGUUCUACCACCCAAAAAUGCAAUGCGAAACUUUCAUAGACCGCAUUUUGGCUCUUUGGUGCGGCCAGGGACAAAUAUUGUGUUCAGCAAGAUCAAAACUAGAAAGAGAAAAAGGGACAAAGGCAAAGAUGUUCGAGAGCUUUUUUCAAGAAGUCAAGACUUGACUUUGGGGGACAGCGCACCAAUCUUUUUAAUGGAAUAUUCCGAGGAGAUUCCUAUGGCCUUGUCCAAGUUCGGAAUGGGAAACAAAUUGAUAAACUACUACCGGAAAACUGAUGAUAGAGAUGCCUCAAGACCAAAACUACCGGUUGGAGAAACACAUGUUCUUGGAGUUCAAGACAAGUCUCCAUUUUGGAACUUUGGUUUUGUUGAGCCAGGCAAUGUCGUGCCGACCUUGUACAAUAACAUGAUUCGAGCGCCAGUAUUCAAGCACGAAGUAUCUCGUACUGAUUUCCUUUUGGUAAGAAGCACCGGAAAUGGUAUGGGUAACAGGUUUUAUUUGAGGCACAUCAAUCAUUUAUUCACAGUUGGUCAGACAUUCCCUGUGGUUGAGGUUCCUGGUCCCAACUCCAGGAAGGUCACAUCGAUGGGAAAAAACAGGCUGCGUAUGAUCGUUUAUCGUAUUUUGAACAAAUCGAUCCAGCAUAGGCUGCUUGUUAAACAAGUUGCAAGACAUUUCCCGGACCAGAAUGACAUGCAGAAUCGACAAAGGCUUAAGGAGUUUAUGAAAUAUCAAAGAGACGGUGACGAUCAUGGAUUUUGGAAAUUGAAAGAGUCCGAGACACUGCCGGACAACGAAAGCGUUAAAAAGAUGAUAAUUCCCGAGGACGUUUCGCUGACAGAAUCGAUGUACCAGGGACAACAAUUUCAAGACGAUAAUGAGCAAUUCAACGUUGACGAAAAACUGAUAAAACUUGAAGAAAAUCUCAUCCCCUGGGCUGCGACUAAGAAUUUUUUGAACGCAACUCAAAUGCGCGCGAUGGUACAGAUACACGGUGCCGGUGAUCCUACCGGCUGCGGGGAGGGGUUUUCCUUAUUAAAGACUUCCAUGAAGGGUGGCUUUACAAGAUCAGGGUCAGAUUUAGGGCAACAACAAAUUGCUGGAGGACACAGCUAUAAUGUCGCGCAACAGCAAAAGGCAUAUGAGGAGGAAAUCAGUAAGACUUGGUACACACAAGCCAAGAGCUUAAGAGUGACCAAUCCUUUCGAAGAAAUUGAGAAUCCGGAUUUCGAAAAUAAAACGAACAAGAAAGUCAAGUCGCAUCGGAGUGAUAAUAAAGUCUUACGGGUAGUACGGAAAACCAGAGAUGAGAACGGUAUCAUUCAAAGACAAACAGUGGUGAUUAGGGAUCCUCGAGUAAUUCAAGGUUACAUAAAGGCCUACGAACGAAAACGGCAGGAAGCAGAGGCCAAUCUUGGCUUGGAAGAACUCAUGAACGACAACAUUGACCUUGUUAGCGGUGGUAAUACGGAGGAGAAGCAGCUGAAACAGAAAAAACUUCUGGAGGAACAAUUAGCCAAGCUCCAAAAAUCGCAAGAAAGAAGGCAAGCCCGUAAGCUGGCCAAAGAGAAGACCAAAGACGGGAAAGUCACCAAGUCUAAAUCCACAAACAGAAGAUGUGCCACUUGCGGCAUGGUAGGGCACAUCAGGACCAAAAAAACGUGUCCGAUGUACAACGGCAGCACGGGACCUGGCAUGGGAGGAGCAGCCGCUACCGGUGCCCUUUCUGAGAGCGCCCCAGGUACUCCAGCCGAAGUCAAAGAGGAGGAAUAG